AUGAAGAUCUCAUCGCCUUCGGGCCUGCACUAUCCCAUCGUCGUGCUCGAGCUGCUCAAGAAGCCUGACGAUGACGUAACGCGCUCGGAGCGCCUGUUCACGUACACGUACGAGAGCACAGUGACGGAAACGGACAAGUGGGGGGAGGACAAGACGCUGAAGAAGAAGCUCACCGCGCACUUUGAUGCGAGCACCGAGGGCAAGAUAUCGCGCUGGUACAUCAAGGCCGGCACCGUCGUCGCGCGCUCUGGAACCGAAAUCAUCGAGAUCGAGGAGCCAUGUACGCACGAGAUCCAGUUUGGCGGUCUCUGCGCUGAGUGCGGCCAGGACAUGACCAAGGUCGACCAUCUCACCCAAUCUCGCAACACCGACCGUGCGACGGUCAACAUGACCCACGACAACGUCGCCCUGCUCGUCAGCCACAAGGAAGCCGUGCGUGGCGAGGAGGAGACCAAGAAGCGGCUGCUGGGCGCGAAGAAGCUGACGUUGAUUGUCGAUCUUGACCAGACCGUCAUCCACACCACCUGCGAGCGCACCAUUGCCGAGUGGAAGGCGGAUCCAGAGAACCCCAACCACGAUGCAGUCAAGGACGUCGAGGGCUUUCAGCUUGCCGACGACAACGUCUCGAAUGUAGCUGCGAAUUGGUACUACGUCAAGAUGCGCCCAGGGCUCAAAGCCUUCUUUGACAGAAUUUCGAACAAGUACGAGAUGCAUGUCUACACAAUGGCUACCCGCGCAUAUGCGCAAGCCGUGUGCAAGAUCAUCGACCCCGAGCGCAAGUACUUUGGCGACCGCAUUCUCAGCCGCGACGAGAACUACACAGAUAAACUGAAGAGCCUGCAGCGACUCUUCUAUCAGAACACAGCCAUGGUGGUCAUCAUCGACGACAGAGCAGACGUCUGGCAGUACAGUCCCCACCUCGUCCGCGUGCCCGUCUUCAACUUCUUCCCUGGCGCUGGCGACAUCAACGCAAGCUUCUUACCUAAGCAGCAGGAGCUCGUUACACAGUCGAGACCCGCCCCAGCUCCCACACAGAGGACUGAAAAUGUCCCUGUAGCUACCCCUGACGCCGGCGAAUCUACCGAGGUCACACCCGUGGAAGGUACCGACGGUGUCCCGGAUGCGCUGGAGCAGCAGUUGCUCUCUAUGGCGUCUCCCGAGACACUGGACGAGCAGACCAAGGAGCAAGAAAAAGUCAUCAUCGCCCAGCAAACCGAGAGGCCUCUGCUGCAGCAACAGCUCAUGCAGGACAAGGCGGACGAAGAGGCAGAGUGCAGCGAAGAGCCCGUUGCGAUAGCAAAUGGCGACUUGCAGCACUCGGAGCCUCCGAAACAGCGACACAGCAUUCUGCAUGACGAUGAUCGAGGCCUGGAUGUCAUCGAAAACAACUUGAACCGUGUACACGCUGCGUUUUACGACGAGUACAGAAGGUCAAAGGCGGUGGGACCGGCAGGACGUGUCGCAGCGCUCAAGGGCGAGAGAAGCCCCAAGAAGCGGAUGAAUGACACUAUUCCUGAUGUUGCUGAGCUGAUGCCGGAGAUCAAAGAGCAAGUACUCGGUGAGGCAGUGGUGGUGUUCUCUGGCAUAAUCCCGCUUGGCGUUGACGUUCAGACAUCUGAUUUCGCGCUUUGGAUCAAGAGCUUUGGCGCCGAAGUAAGCACCAACAUAAGUCGACGGACAACGCACGUCAUCGCCAACCCGGAUCGCAAAACGACCAAGGUCAAGAAAGCGGCGCGCUAUGAGCACAUCAAGAUUGUGAACCCAGAGUGGAUGUUGCAGUGCUGCUCGAGGUGGGAGCAUGUCGACGAGACUCCUUACCUCAUUGAAAUCGACCCAGCGGACCGCGGCGGCUCGCCGUUCGAGGACGACAGCAUCAAUGCAUCAGGCGACGAGGAGACAGACGAUGUUGCUGAUUCGCCCGUGACGCUCAACCUGACUGCCGACACGUGGGACUCGGUGGACGACGAGCUAGCCGACUUUCUGGAUGGGGACGACACGGACGGCGAGCACGCGUCGGAAUCCGAGGGGGAAGGCUCGGACGACAGCACAGCAUCCACAUGCAGCAAGAACCAGAAGAAGCGAAAGCGUACCAACGGCAACGCUACCGAUGGCAGCGAGGCGGAAGAGAGCGACAGCAGCGUCACCAGCACAUCCCGACUGCAGAGACGGAAGAAGCGCACAAUGGAAAGAGUAACGUCGUUGGCGAACGUUGUGAGUGCAGAGAAGUCUUCAGGCCUACCGACACCAGAGGCAACAGGACCCGAAGCGGUGUCGACGGGCGACGAAAAGGAAGGGCCUGAAGGCAAUGGCGUUGCAGCCGACCUGCAAGACGACUACGACGACGGGCUGGAGGCCGAGCUGCUAGCGGGCUUCGACAGCGACGAUGGCGAAGCAUGA